AUGCAGAUCAAUCGACCGAUGUCAAUGAAAAAAGAAAUCAUCCAGACCAGAAAUCGCAAACUGACACAGGCCAAAAAGCGAAAGGAUAUUGAGCAAUUUUCUCAACUGAUUAGUUCGGCUGCAGCGGCCGCAGCAGUCGCUGAUCACACAUCUCACGACGUGGCUCAGUGGUUUAGCUCACUGCAUCAAAACGUACCAUCCAUGUCACCCCGGAACCAGUCAUUCUUGGACGCAUCCACCUCGAUUGAUCCAUGUCUGGUUACGGAAUCUGUGAGUCACAUUGAAGAUAUGAAGCCCCAACCACACUCAGCAGACAGACCAUACUCUUUGAACAAUUUCUAUCCUGUUCGGAGAAUGAUGACCAAUUCCCCGAAUCUGUGGAACGAACACAAUCACUCGACACCGCCGGGUAACCAUUCGCAAAUCAUGGGAUUACCAUCAACAACGACAGCAACUCCCACAACAAUACCCCGUUCUGUUCUGGUUAGCGCGUCCUGUCCAAAUGGGAACUCGGAAGGCUUAAAUGACUUACUCAGCAGUCCCGCAACUCCUUUGACAUCGUGUACACUAAACACAGGAAUAGAACAGGGCAAUUCAACAACAGCGGCCAGUUUGUUAGCAUCCCAAUCCUUGUUGAACUUACCGAUCAAUAUCCGAGCAGGCGACGAGCAUGCAAAGAACAGUUUAGUUCCCUACAGUACAUGGCCUGUUUUUGAUCCUACCCCACCACGUGAGGCCACACAUCCCGCAUCUUACGAGGUCUCCGUCAAAAAUGAUAGUGCGUCGGCACUGGAAUCGACCUUGUACACACAAGAGUCCACGAAACACACCCAUGAAGCAAACUUUCAACGAUUUUCCGAUUUUCAGUUUCUUCCUCUCACGUUACCAUGA